AUGUCGUGCAGGGCUCUGCUUUCUUUGUCGCGGGCCCUGUCCGCCUCGGUGAUUGGGGCGGCAGGCGGCCCUGAAGACGCCUGCCGCGUGGACCCGGCCGCCGCCCUUCGGGAGGCGACGGAGAGGAACGCGCGGGAGGCGCAGCAGGAGCGGGACGCCGCGGCCCAAGCAGAGGCGGAGGCGGCCGACGAGGCACGGGCAGAGGCCGACGCGGCGGCCAAGGCACAGGCCGACGCGACGGCUAAAGAGCAGGCGGAUGCGGCGGCCAAGGUGCGGGAGGAAGAGGCGUCCCGCGACAGGGCUCCAGAGGCCACUGACCCGCAGCAAACGGAGCCGCCGGUGGAGGAGGGCCAGGCGCUGACUAGAGGGGCCGGGGCCGACCAGACGGCCCUGGAGAGGGGAGGGGCCGACCCCGUCAUCUUGGAGGCAGAAGUGCCUUCGCGCGCGCUGACUACUAGCGAGCGGGGCAGCUGGCCCGAAGUGCCGGAAGUGCCGCCAUCCAGCGCUGAGUUGGUGGUGGGCCGGGUGGUGACGACCCGCGUGCCUGCGCGUCAGCGCCCAGCACGGGCGGUUUCAACACUGAGGCCGAUGGAGGUUGGGGUCGCGAGCUCAUCGGUGCCCGACACCAAGGCCACCAGCACCGCUCCGCCGGACUGGGCGUCAGGAGCCGGUUCGGGUGUCCUCAACAUGGCGGUGAAGGGCAUCUUGGAGCAGUUCAACGCCCACGGCGCCACCCUCCUGAAGUCCAGGAGCGAGCUGCUGGCGAUGCAGACGGCCGUCCAGGACUACCACAACUUGCGUGCGGCCGCCUACAACUCCCAGAAUCAGGCGCUGGCCAAGCGAACCGCCAAUCUGAACCAGAGCCGAGAGGCCGCUGCCAAUCUAAAAAGGCAUGGUCGUGCAUCUAAAAAGGAAAAAAGUGUCGUCUUUUUUUCCUUUUCCGAGAGGCAUAUAUUUACUUCUCGUGGAGGCACAUAG